AUCUAGUCCGAAAGAUGGUAGCGCUCAAGUGACGUUUACAUCUUUUCCAUCUUCUUUUUCCCUGUUUUCGUGAUAAGUGGUGCACCAAAUCUAUUUCAAGGGAGUCUUGGAAGAAAAGAAGUCCUCAGUGACCUUAGGUAUGCCAAACACUCGAUGGCACAGUUCCCCUAACUUCAAAAUAGAACAAAAAUGAAGAGAGCUGUUACAGGAGAAAGAAAUCCGCGCGUCUCUUUCAAUGGACAAGGAUUAAUGGAACGAAAUGGCAGUAGAACUCGUCAUUCACAUGAGUUUACCCGGGGAAGAAGACCCGCAUUUGAUAGAAAUGGGGCAGGAACACAUGUACAACGAGGAAGAGAUUCUAAUCCUCUCAAUUAUAGGGCCUUAGAAAAAGUAUGUGAUUCAAACUCUCCUGACGAGGGAAUUUUGGAUCUUUUCAACAAAUCUAAACGAUUUGAAGCUCUACUGGAGGCAGAAGAAAUACGACCCGAUCUGAUGAAGCUUGUUAUUCGAGCUAUUCACAUGUGCUGCUUACCGAAUGAUAAAAAGGAGAUUGCUAAUAAACUUCUGCGCAUGGUAAUUAAAACAAAUUUUUUACAGUUGCAUCUAACUAAGUUUAUCAGCCAGAUGUCCAAUGUCUCGGCGUUUAGUGACAAUUACCAGCCUGAUAGACUGGUCUUGCUGUUAGCAGAGGUUUUCUUGGAGUUGCUGCAGAGAUUUGAACAGGACGUAAUUCACUUCAUUCCAAAUGCCCAACUGAAUGAGACGGUGGGUAAUCUGAAGAGUAAGGGUCUCCUUGAAGACGCAGAGACGUUGGAGAAGAAACUUCAUCAAGUCAAGGAGUACAAAGAUGACAUAAAUCGCCGGAAAACAGUUCGCCAGAAUCAAUCUCAUCGAACUCCACCCGAGGAUUUUCGUAAAAUGAGCGUGAUUCCCCAAGCUGCAGAUUUAAGACCUUACAGCAAGCCUUUCCUUCGUGAAAACGUUGUAGAUGGAAAGUACUUAGACCAGGAUCAUUAUUUAGACGUGCAAUUUCGACUUUUAAGAGAAGACUUCAUCCUGCCUUUGCGCAAUGGAAUAGAACAACUUCAAAAGUCCUACAAUCCGGGAGCAGGGAACGUGAAUCACAGCAAACGCGCGCGAAGCGUUCGCGUGUACCAUGACGUCACAAUAAUGUAUCCCGUAUGCAGCGGAAAGGGUAUGGUUUACAGAAUCCGGUUCAACUCGUUUCACCCGGAUGUAGUUCGCGUGAGAUGGGAGAAGAGCAAGCUUCUCAAACUGGGCUCUCUCCUUUGUCUUUCAUCAGAUGAUUUUCGCACUCUUCUAUUUGCGACCGUGGAGAAUCGAGAUUCACGCGACCUCUGUGUUGGCGAGCUUGAAGUGCGAUUUGAAGACGUCCAGUUCGAAAACCUGAAUCGGUUUAUUGAGGAAAAAAAGAAGUUUGAUAUGGUAGAAUCCCCAGCGUUCUUUCAAGCCUACAGACAUGUUUUGGAAGGUUUGCAAGAAAUUGAGCCGGGUGGACUUCCAUUUGAAGAACACAUUGUACAAUGCAAUCAAGAUGUGGAGCCACCUGCCUAUGAAAUUAACACCGGUGGUUUGUUCGACAUGAGUGGAAUGAUAGGAGAAGGAGUGGACUCAACGGCUUCUCAACCAAGUGCCGGUGAUGACAGUAAUGAAGUUUCCGAAAAUGGCAGCCAAGUAACCGACCGACCCGCUCGUGUCGAGAAUAUUUACGACUUGGAACUCAAUCCAGAAGAUCUGGGCUUCAACGAGUCACAGAUGAGCGCAUUCAAAAUGGCACUGACCAAAAAGUUCGCCGUCAUUCAAGGACCGCCAGGGACUGGGAAGACAUACGUUGGUCACAAGAUAGCACGUGUUCUUCUACAGAGCGCCCCUAUGUGGCAGAACGAUAGUGAACCGUCACCAAUUUUGAUGGUGUCGUACACGAACCACGCCUUAGACGAUUUCUUGGCCGGCCUACCGAUGGAAGGUAUUGUGCGCGUUGGUGGACGUUGCAGUGAAAAGUUGGAGCGCUGCUCCCUAAAGGCUCGGCGGAAUGAAGCUGCUGACAACAAGGAAACUCCAUAUACAAUCUACAGUGCAAGAAGAAGUGCCCAAGACGAAAUCAGAGAACUAAACAAAGAAGGAUCCCUCGAUCUUUGUGUUACUGUCCUAAAAUUUUCCAGAAGAAGGAUUCUCACCUUUCAAAUUUUAAUGAAAUUCAUGAUGGUUCGUCAUGUCAAAUGGUUCAACAAAUUUCCACACAGCAACGAUUAUUUGUUAUGUGAAUGGUUGGGGCUGCACUUCGUUGCUGAGCGAAAUGAUACCAAGAACAGUGACUAUGAAGCAAAAAUGGAGAAAGUUUUUCAGACGCAGGAGUCAGCUCGGAACUUCGAAGAUAACGAGGAGGAAAGAGAAAUCCAACCUUCAGAUGUAACUAUCAGUACAACUGAAGACAUCGAAAAACCAGUUUUCCUUCGUAACCAUCUUCUUCGAGAAGAAGUCAUUAGUGAGCAGAAAAGUAAUAUUUACAACUUGUUGAAAUUGUCGCUACCCGAACGAUGGAAUCUGUACAGGUUGUGGCUUCAGAAAGCAGAGAAAUACUACAUGAGGAAACUUCAGAGCAAACAGCCAGAUUACGAAAGAGCAUUGGCGCGUAAGUUUGAAGUGAUGCAAGAAGAAGACUUUCAUGUUCUCCAAAGUGCGAAGAUCAUUGGAAUGACCACCACUUGUGCCGCCAAAUAUCGCCGUAUACUCCAGCGGAUACGCCCUAAAAUUGUACUUGUUGAAGAAGCCGCUGAAGUAAUGGAGGCCCACAUAAUUACGUCACUGACCAAAGACUGUCAACACCUGAUUUUGAUUGGUGAUCACAAGCAACUCAGACCUAAACCGGAAGUGUAUGUCUUAGCCAAGAAGUACCAUCUGGAUGUGUCCCUGUUUGAGAGAAUGGUGAAUGUGGGACUUCAGUGUGAGACCCUCAACGUACAACAUCGUAUGAGACCUGAAAUUGCCGCCUUGAUGAAACACAUUUAUGACGAUCUUGAGAAUCACAAGACAGUGGAGAAAUAUGAAGAUAUCAAAGGAAUGAAGAAGAACAUGUUCUUUAUCAACCACAGUCAUUUAGAGAAUCCCUGCGAAGAUUCGUACAGCCACGUGAAUGAUCACGAAGCUAAGUUUGUGGUGGCCUUGUGUCGGUAUCUGUUACAACAAGGUUAUAAAGCCCAUCAAAUUACCCUUCUGACAACCUACACAGGACAAAUGUUCGCCAUCAGAGACUGCGUCCAAGUGAGACAAAGGGACGACCUCAGCCAAGUGCGUCUUACAACAGUUGACAACUUUCAAGGUGAAGAAAAUGACAUCAUUCUUCUAUCGCUCGUGCGCAGUAACGAAGAAGACGAGGCUGGGUUCAUCAAGAUGGAAAACCGUGCAUGCGUGGCGCUUUCUCGUGCUAAAAAGGGCUUUUACUGUAUUGGAAACUUCACCCUUCUCUGCAAACACAGUGAAGUCUGGAACAAAAUUGUCGACGAUUUAAAAGCAAGUAGUAGCUUUGGAGAGUCUUUAACUCUCAUCUGUCAAAGCCACAAUGAAGAGAUCACAGCAGAAACAGCCGAAGAUUUCGAAGGAAAAGCUCCUGAAGGGGGAUGUCAGCGUCCCUGUGAAGUGCGCCUGAAAUGCGGGCAUGCAUGCAAACGGUCAUGUCACCCAAAUGAUGUCGAUCACUUGGAAUAUCGGUGCGGAGAGCCGUGCGUCAAGAAAAUCGUUGGCUGUGACCACACGUGUUCAAAGCUUUGCUGGCAGAAAUGCGACACAUACUGUCAAGUGGUGGUGGAGAAGGCUUUACCAUCCUGCGGGCAUAAGGCAACCGUGAAAUGCGGCGAUGAUUUGAAGAAGGUCCAGUGCCAAGCAACGUGCGAUAAAAAGCUACCCUGUUUCCACCGCUGUCAGAGCUACUGUAGUCAACCUUGCACAAGAAAAUGCCAAGAGCUUGUCAAGAGAAAAGAUUGGCCUUGUGGUCAUGAAGUUGAGAUUGCUUGCUCGGCAACUCCGGCAGAUUGCCCAGUCCUUUGUGGUGCCACUUUGGAAUGUGGUCACCCGUGCCCCGGGAAGUGUGGCGAGUGUCGCAUGGGUCGAGUUCAUAAGCGCUGCAAACUGAAGUGUAGCCGUGUAUUGGUCUGCUCUCAUGUCUGCAAGGCAGGGUGCACAAGCUCUUGCCCGCCUUGCACGGUUUCUUGCGAAAACCGUUGCGUGCAUUCGAAAUGUGAUUUCCAGUGUGGGGAGGCUUGCAAGCCUUGCGCUGAAAAGUGCAAGUGGGAAUGCUUUCAUUUCAAGUGUAGCAAGUUGUGUGGUGAAUUGUGCGAUCGCCCAAGAUGUGACAGGCCCUGCAAGAAGUUCCUCAAAUGUGAAAAGAAGAAGCGUCGCCGCCAUCGCUGUCGAGGUUUGUGUGGAGAGCAAUGUAUUUGUGCUGUGUGCAUGAAGAACGAUGGCGACCCGAUCACCCAAAUUUUUUUAGGUGGAGAAGACGAAUCUGGUGCACGUUUCAUUCAGCUUCCGGACUGCAAACACAUCUUCGCAGUAAAAGAUCUUGAUUACUACAUGGACAUGCCUAUUAACAGCGAAGAUAACCGUCACGUGAUUCAACUGAAAACUUGUCCUCGUUGCAAGACUGCUAUCCGAAGGAGCCAGCGAUACGGUAAUGUUAUUAAACAGCAGCUGCUCGACAUUGAGAAAGUGAAGGCCAAGGUCAACGGAAAUCAGGAUGAGAUCGAAACUACGAGAGAAGAUUUGAAAAGACGUUUGCAAGUUUUACGGCCGAAAUUUGCAGCUAAGGAGGAGUGGAGCGUAUUGAUGAAACGUGUCAACAAAAUAUCCAACUCAGUAGUAGCAGCUGUAGUCACAAACCAGGUGAUGCUGAUGGAGCGAUUUCUCCCGAUAGACCGGAAGCUUAAAGCAAAGCUUCCCAACAACAGGAGUCAAUCAGAAGGUUUGACUCUCCAGGAGGAAUUGGAGCAUUUAAAAACACGUGCAAUAUCCGGAACAGUUUCGGAGAGAGAGCUGUGCGACAUAAACUUGGAAUGUACGAGGAUUAAUCUGCGAUUCGAACUGUGUCUGCUGAAACACAACAUUACAAAACUCAACCUGACGCUGAUGGAAUCGCAUGGUAACCUUUUGAGAGAUGUGCAGGAUGAGCUGUCCAGCGGUAAACUUAUACAAACCGAGAGGCUUGACGAACUACUAGAGAUGUUAUCGGGAAUUAGGAAGGAUUACCCAAGUCUUUGGCCGAUAACGCCAGAAGAGAGACAACAAAUCGUAUCUGCCAUGGGCUUUAAACAAGGUCAUUGGUUCAAAUGUCCAAACGGACAUCCCUACACUAUAGGUGAGUGUGGUGGCGCCAUGCAGAAAAGCACGUGCAAUGAAUGCGGAGCUGUGAUUGGUGGAGCGCUUCACAGACUGGAAGACGGAAACCAGUUAGCUCCUGAGAUGGAUGGUGCGAGACACGCGGCCUGGUCAGAACAAGCGAACAUGGAAAAUUACAGGAUCGUAGAUGAGGCGUAAAAAGGUUUAAAACUGAGUUUAAAAUGUAAUCGGAAGCUUAUUAAUUAUACAUUCAGUAG